AUGCCCAAGAACAAGAAAAAAGAAUCUUCUACAGAUUCUGAUACCAGUUUCGAAGACCGUACUCCGGCAAAGCAGGCGAAGAAGGAAAGCAAAGCCUCGGAUGCCGGCAAUGAUCCAAACAUCUUCGAAUUGGACAAAAAUCGCAAAGUGACGGUGAAUGAAUUCAAAGGUAAAGUGUACGUUGGCAUACGAGAAUAUUACAACAAGGAUGGGAAAGAUUUGCCUUCUAAGAAAGGCAUUAGCCUGACUGUACCGCAAUGGAAGAAGCUGCUCGAACAGGCUGAUGCCAUCAACGAGCAAAUAAAGAAGUUCUAA